AUGGAAACCUACAAACUCAUUUCUCUACUUCUCACCUUCACAAUUGCAUUCUCCACUUCAGCAAGAAUGCUUGAUGAGCAACCCUCGAAUCUGUCCAACGCGGUUGUGACACCUGUCACUAAUGUACCACCAUUACCUAUCUCACCAGGCACACAGUCUAAUCCUAAUGUGGCUGCAGCCACUGGUCCAACUGUUGCUGUCAACCCAAACCCUUACCCUGACCACACCCUAACCUUCUUCAUGCAUGACAUCCUAGGCGGGUCAAACCCCACUGCUCUAGCAGUGACUGGUGUAGUCAGCAACCCGGCACUCAAUGGUCAGCUCCCCUUUGCCAAACCAAAUGGUGCAAACCUCCCAGUGAACAAUGGAAUAAACCAAAAUAGUGGUAACACCGGUCUUAUAAACAACAACAACGUUCCAUUGCUCACUGGCCUUGGUGGCAACACACAAGCUGUGUUGCAAAACAAUGGCAACAAUUUGGUCAAUGGGGCAUUGAACUUCCCAGUCACAGCUGGAGGCCAACUUCCUUCAGGGUCUACACUCCAGAAGCUCAUGUUUGGAACCAUGACUGUCAUUGACGAUGAACUGACAGUAGGGCAUGAGCUAGGCUCUGGCUUCCUCGGCAAGGCACAAGGGUUCUAUGUGGCUAGUUCUAUUGAUGGAACCAGUCAAACAAUGGCAUUUACAGCUAUGUUCGAGAGUGGGCACUAUGCUGACACCCUUAGCUUCUUUGGGGUUCAUCGUACCGGUGUAUCAGAGUCUCAUUUGGCUAUCAUGGGCGGCACUGGAAAGUAUGUUAAUGCCAAGGGAUUUGCCAUAGUUAAGACUAUACCAGGGGCUAAUCAGCAGGAGACUGAUGGCUUUGAGACAGUGCUAGAGUUCACUGUUUAUGUUACCUAUUAG